AUGGGGAACUUCGAGUCUGUCACCCGCAUCGGCGCCUUCGUGAUCCUCGUCAUCGUGCUGCUACCGUUCCUCCGGCUGUUCCACGACAUGUGCAAGGAGGAGCAGCAGGCCGACGGCGGCCGUCGGCGGAGGGACGACGAGGAAGCUGCCGGAGGAGGUGACGAUACAGAUAGAGCGGCCGCCGCCGGGCCGCCGCUGGUGUGCACGUACCGGAAGGCCGACGGGUGGCGGGAGAGCUCGUGCGGGGUGUGCCUGUCGGAGCUGGCCGACGGCGAGCUCAUCCGGGUGCUGCCGGCGUGCAUACACUACUUCCACGCCGGCUGCGUCCAGGAGUGGCUCUCGGCGAACGCCACCUGCCCUCUCUGCCGUGCUCCGUUCGCCGCCACCGACUGA